AUGAAUGGGUGGGAUGAGAAGCACAAUAUGGACGAUGAUGCCUUUGGGGCAAAGGGGAACAUCGUCAGCGCAUUUGAUGCCUUUCCCAAGGCGAAGCCACAAUAUGUGACGCGAACGUCAGGAGGCGGAAAGUGGACUGUCGCUAUGGCAGUCAUCUCAUUCUUGCUCUUCUGGACCGAAGUCGGCCGCUGGUGGCGCGGCUCUGAGACGCAUACCUUCGCCGUCGAGAAGGGCGUCGGACACGAGAUGCAAAUCAACAUGGACAUUGUUGUGCGCAUGCACUGUGACGACCUCCACAUCAACGUGCAGGAUGCGGCAGGCGAUCGCAUCCUCGCCGGUAGCAUGCUCAAGCGCGACAAGACAAACUGGUCGCAGUGGGUGGACAGCAAGGGUAUCCACCGUCUGGGAAGAGACAGCAAAGGCAAGAUCGUGACGGGCGCCGGAUGGCAGGAGGAGGAGGGCUUCGGCGAGGAACACGUCCACGACAUCGUUUCUCUCGGAAAGAAGAAGGCCAAGUGGGCGAAAACCCCGAGGCUUUGGGGCGAGGGCGACAGUUGCCGCAUCUAUGGCAACUUGGACGUGAACAGAGUGCAGGGUGAUUUCCACAUUACGGCCAGAGGUCAUGGCUACAUGGAGUUUGGAGAGCAUUUGGAUCACGCUGCCUUCAACUUCUCGCACAUCAUCUCGGAGCUGUCCUUCGGACCUUUCUACCCCUCGCUUGUUAAUCCCCUGGACCGCACCGUCAACCUUGCCAGGAUCAACUUUCACAAAUUCCAGUACUAUCUGUCGGUGGUCCCCACCGUUUACACCGUUGGCAAGUCGGCCUCGUCGUCCAACACGAUUUUCACGAACCAGUACGCCGUCACGGAACAGAGCAAGGAGACUGAUGACCACAACAUUCCCGGCAUCUUCUUCAAGUACGAUAUCGAGCCGAUCCUACUGUCAGUUGAGGAGUCCAGAGACGGAUUCCUGCAAUUUCUCAUGAAGAUUGUCAACGUUGUCAGUGGUGUUCUCGUGGCCGGCCACUGGGGUUACACUCUCACCGAAUGGUACAAGGAGGUCAUGGGCCGGCGGAAGAGAGAAAGGAACGAGGGCUUCAUCGGCACUAAGGGUUCAGAGUACGACCAGUAA